GUCCUUGGGGUCGGUGUAUGGGAAGUGAAUGUGGACCUGGAGGCAGCCAGAGCAGAGCAGUAUGGUGCGCCCAUUCUGAAGGUUGGACCACCCUCCAUACAAACUGUGACCAGACAGAGCGGCCAGACAACCAGCAGAGCUGCUUCAGAGUGUGUGACUGGCACAAAGAUUUGUACGAAUGGCAGCUCGGUGCUUGGAACCAGUGUGUCCCAGUGAUGAUGCGCAGUGCUGGGGUGCAGCGGCCAGCAGUGUGCACAAAGGGAGAGGAGGGCAUCCAGACACGAGAAGUGGGUUGUGUUCAGAAAUCUGAUGGCAAGCCUGCGGAGGAUGUAAUUUGUGAAUACUUUGAACCUAAACCAAGGCAGGAACAGGCCUGUCUCAUUCCGUGUCCUCGGGACUGUGUGGUGUCUGAGUUCAGCCCGUGGACUUCAUGUUCUAAAACAUGUGGGAUUGGCUUACGGAAUCGGAUACGCUUUGUUCUGGCACCACCACUGUUUGGUGGGUCUGCCUGUCCAAAUUUGACUGAAUUUCAGACAUGUCAGCCCGGCCUGUGUGAGGGAGAGGAAAACCUUUACAGCCUCAGAGUUGGACCUUGGGGCUCCUGUUCUGUACCUUUGCCAAGGAUAGCCAGACAAGCUGAAAAACCACCCAAGGAAAGCAACAAGAGAUCCAGAGAAAGUGACAAAUCUGCUAAAAAGGGCAGCAAACAGUCAAGAGAUGGUGAAACACCAUCCAGAGGAGGUGACAAACAGGCCAGAGAAGACAGCAAACAGUCCAUGAGAGAAAGAAAAAAGAUGAGAGAUGAUGAAAAACAGUACCAAGAAAAGGACAUAAAGUCCACAGAAGGUGAGGAGAAAGUGUCCAAAAAUGGUAACAAACCAUCUUUGAGCAACAGAAAAUUGGUUAGAGAAAACAGAAAACAGGACAAGGCAUUCAGACAGGCAGGCCGACCCAAACGACAGAAAAAGGUAAAAAACAAGGCAAAAAAAGAGAAAAUGAGAGAAAAAGGCAAAGGAAGAUUAAGAGAAAAGGGGGAAACCAAAGACCCAGAGACCAGAGAGCUAAUCAAAAAGAAGAGGAACAAGAAUCGCCAGAACCGCCCAGGAGGAAAAUUCUGGGAUCUGCAAGUUGGCUACCAAACCAGAGAAGUGACCUGUGUACACAAGAGUGGGACCAUUGAAGCUCUGAGCCUUUGUUCUCAGGAGAUGCUGCCAGUGAGCUUUCAGGCCUGCGUAAUUCCCAGAGACUGUGAUGUGACUGAGUGGUCUGGAUGGUCAGCUUGCUCCAAGCAGUGCUACGACCCCAAUGGGACGAAAGGGGAGCGAAGUCGCAACAGGAAAGUGAGCCAAUUCCCAAUAGGUGGAGGAGUGGAGUGCCCAGAACUUGAAGAAAAAGAGCCGUGCAGCCCCCAGGACGGAGCGGUUCGUCCAUGCACUGUCUACACCUGGAAAACCACAGAGUGGACAGAGUGUAGGGUGGACAUGCUGCUGAGCCAGCAGGAUCGUCGGCGUGGAAACCUGACAGGGUUGUGUGGAGGUGGAAUCCAGACACGUGAGGUCUACUGUGUGCAGGCCAGUGCUGUUGCUUCACCUAAUCUCAGUUCACUGAGGACUAGAGAAGGUUUGCGGCCAGUGGACAGUGAACUGUGUUUGGGAGUUCCUCCGAAUACCACACAGCUCUGCCAUAUCAGCUGCCCUGUGGAAUGUGAGGUGUCUUUGUGGAGCUCUUGGGGACCUUGCACUUAUGAGAACUGUCAAGACCAGACCACUAAGAAAGGUUUUAAACUGAGGAAGCGAAGGAUCAUCAAUGAGCCCACAGAUGGGACAGGAAACUGUCCUCAUCUAGUAGAGGCCAUACCGUGUGAAGACCCCAGCUGCUUCGAGUGGCUUGUGGUUAAACUGGAGGAAUGUGUCCCUGACAAUGAGAAGGAGUGUGGUCCUGGUAUGCAAAUCCCCCAAGUCCAGUGUAUCAACAGUGAUGGUGAGUGAACAUAAUAAACUAGACUUGUGAAACUAUUUAACAUGAUAGAGCUCUUUAUCAGAUAAUAAAAA